AUGCGGGCGCACCAAUGGAGAGGGUUGCAGUGGAUAUUUGCAGGACCUCAGCCACUCACUGCAGAUGGGAAUAGGUACAUCUGUGUGGCCAUGGAUUACUUCACUAAGUGGCCAGAAGCCUAUGCCAUCCCAAAUCAGGAAGCCACGACUGUUGCCAGGGUGCUGGUUGACCAGUUCUUCUGUCGGUUUGGUAUUCCCCACGAGUUGCACUCGGACCAGGGCAGAAACUUUGAGUCAGCUGUGUUCAGCGAGUGCUGUAAACUGUUGGGCAUAAAGAAGACGAGGACCACUCCACCUCGGCCACAGUCAGACGUAAUGGUCGAAAAGUUUAAUUGGACCUUGGGACAAGAACUGGCCAAGUCCUGCAUAGAGGAGCAGACAGAAUGGGACCAGAAGCUGCCUGUUUUGCUGAUGGCAUAUCGGUCGGCUGCCCACGAGUCAGGUGGAUACACUCCGGCAAAACUGAUGCUGGGUCACGAACUGCGGCUGCCAGUGGGCCUGCUGACAGGAAGACCACCUGAUGCAGAACUUCCUGAAGAAACCACCAGUUAUGUCAAAGGCCUACAAGAAGGGUUGACGGAGGUCCGCCAUCAAAUUCGAGGAGCUCUGGAGUUCUCGGGUGAAGUGAUGAAGCUCAACCAUGAUGUCAAAGCAAGCCAGGUCUGUUACAAGGACAGUGAUAAAGUCUGGCUGUAUAACCCUCUGCGGAAGAAGGGUCAGUCACCGAAGUUGUAG